ACGAGAGGAGAAUACAGGCUCUGGCCGACUUGUACACCCCAGUUAUCCAGACUAUUACUUUCGUGUUAGCAGGGAGGCUGGAAUAUCACUGCUCCUGAGGGGAAGGGCAUUGAGGUGUUCAUGAAGAGCGGCUGCCAUCUGAAUGCUUGGAAUGACCGUUUCCAUGUGUGGGACGCGGAAGGUAUUCCCGUACUUCAGAAGUACUUCCGGGAUAGUUGGUAUGUGAUGAAUAAGCUGAACGUUGACAUACCGGAAGUGACACGGAUACAGAGUAACCGGCUGUUCUUUACCUUUAAUGCCCGGGACUGGCACGGUAGUCAAGGAAAAUGUCGUAUACAGCUGAAACCAUAUGAUCUACCAGCGAGCUGUGACAGUCCCCUACCCGUUCGGCAUGGGCGCCUGGUGGGUGAAGACCAUCGGGUGGGACAAUCUGUACAGUUGUUCUGUGAACAAGGGUUUUACUUACCUGAUGGGCACAGUGGGAGUAUGUCGGCAAGGUGUGGCAAUGAUCGCAAGUGGCACCCUGCCAUUUCUACAUGUGAAGCGCCAUGCGGGGGAAACCUUACGGCACCUGAUGGCGUGAUAUACUCUCCUGGAUUCCCAGACAUGUACCCUGAAGGCCAAGUCUGCGUUUGGCGAAUUGAAGGCGCUGUAGGAACGAUAAUCUCUCUUAACUUUUCCCUGUUUGACCUUUUAAUUGGUCAAUAUAGAGAACAUGAUAAUGUCAGCGUACAAGAAGAAUCCGGCAAAUAUCUGAUUAAAGAGCUCACAAGAAAUCGUAAUGGCCUAACCAUUUUGUCAGAGACCAGUACUUUGCUGUUGACUCUCAACUCCAUACGUUUGUAUCGAUACAAACAGAAUGUCCAAGGCCUCAAAGUCUUUUAUCGAGCAUUUACCCCGUAUAAAUGUAGCUCACUCCAGGAAGUACCUUUUAUCGAUGCACGAAAGAUACAACAGCAACCAGAGAAUGAUACAGUCACAGUGGAAUACAUCUGCCAGUACCCUUAUCAAGUUGUUGGUUCUCCAAUCAUUACGUGUCUAGCGACCGGACAGUGGGACAACCCAGAACCAAGCUGUGCAGGAGUUUGUGGGGGCAUAUCUACUAGAGACCACGGUGCUUUUCUUUCUCCCGGUUUUCCAGCGGUUGUUACCUCCCCUGAUGUGUGCACUUGGAACAUUUUAGGGCCCAACAGAAAUGGAUUAGGCAUACGAGUUGAGUUUGCCAACGUCUCUUUGGCUGAGGACGACAUAUUGGCGGUAUACGACGGGAGCAUGCACAAUGAAAAACCGACGUACUACACAUGGCAAACGUUACCUAUGUCCCUUUGUGGAACAGCCUUACAAAUGGAUGUCCGCCUACUGCACAGGGGAGACAACUCUGAUCUACUAGGUGACGGCACUUCAGCGACAUGUACGAACAGUUCAGAUUGUCAGUGUCGCAGAACACAAGAUGGCUGUUUGAAAUGUCAACAGUCAACCGAUAUCACAGCCCUUAGACAGUGCCUAGAGGGAAAUGGCGGACGUGUGAAUACCACAUCAGAAAGAGAACUGAACUGCACCAUACUGGCAAUCGCGCACUCUUUUGGUCAGCUGUUUGGUGGAACUGUGUCUGGGCUGGACACUAGUUUGAACUGCAGUAGUUUUGCAAACGACACUGAUCUAUCUCCAGCAAUGCUGCAGUGCCUGGAAACCACUUCAGCUGAACCCUGUAUUCCGUGUAGAAAUUCUGUGUCAUCUGAUACCAAGUUCUGGAUGUCUUACUCAGCUGACGUCCCCCUGAAGAUGUGUCAGAAGUCCGAUCUCAUGACAGCCAUACCAGGUAUCGAUAACGCAUACCUUUCCAGAGGGCUCAGCCAGACGUUAGUAGGUGACAACGCGUAUAUCAGCUGCUCUGGGGGUUUUGUAUUAUCCGGAGGGGGCAAUGGACGAAUAAACUGCAGUCAUAGUGGACGCUGGGAUUUAGUAGAAGGAGCUAAAUGCACGUGUGACCGGACCUUCACGACAACAUCCGGCACUAUUACACCUUUGUCAGGUUACGAAUCCUACCGGGCUGACUUACAGUGUACAUACAACAUUACCGUGACGGAGCGAGACUUAAUAAGGCUGCGCUUUGUGAGCUUGAAUCUCAAUGCCCAAGAUACCCUCGUAAUCUAUGAUGGCAACUCCACAAGUGCUAGUGUCCUCAGAGAGUUCCAGGACGUUACUCAACCACCCGCAGAUAUGUACAGCUCGUAUUCCACCUUGACCUUAAAACUAAAAUCUGAGAGUGGCGAAGCUGGGGGAGGGUUUAGAAUAAAAUACAGCGCCUUACCCACUGCCUGUGACCCCAGCCGUUGGGAUUCUCUCGAGUUGUCCAGCCCGGGACAGGAGAAGACACUCAGCUUUCAGAUGGGGCACUACCAAGCUGACAUGUGUACUUGGCGAAUCAGUGGGCCUCCCAGCACAGCUGUCAGGAUAUCAGAGACAAAUAGCCGCUCUUACGGUACCAUAGAGUUAAGCAUUUUUGAGGGAGAGAGGAUGGAGCCAACUACUCUAUCCCAGCAACGGAACUCGUCAGACCUUUUCCCAAUGUCAUACUACAGCAGGAAGUCAACACUUUGGAUUAGGGUCAGGAUUUUGGCAUAUUCCAACCUGGAAACUACAUUCAUUUUCAAAGCCCUGACUAGCUGCGCCCGUCCGCCAGACCCGGCUAAUGGCGUUAUCCUCAAUACUGAGUCAACUUUUACCCGUGGUGACGUGUUAUCCGCACGGUGUAACCAAGGUUACCAGCUAACUGACCAACCGAAAGUCGUCUGCCUUGACGGAGAUGCGGACUCUAUGGAGUGGAUCGGAUCAAUGCCCGUUUGCAAUAAACUAGAUACGAAGACCUCAAGCCCAGGCCCCACCACAAAGCUCCCUGACAAUGAUGAUACAAGGGAGACAACCACGGAGAGCCUUGUCACUAAACCCCUGUGGACAUAUCAUUCGCCAUCUACCUCUCCCCCUCUGACCACUAAAGAAGGAAUAAUCCAAGACAAACCUUCCCCAAUGCCUGCCGAUCCCGCUCCAAACACUCCAGGUAGAUAUAAAUUCAAGAUUUAUAAAGUAUGCCUGAAGGUAUACAGCGAGAUCUAGUUACAAAAUCCUGAUAAGGUUGCACUAUCUUUGAUCUUUGUAUGUGACGAAUGUCAACGAGAAAAUGAGUGUGUAAUAUAUUAAUUUUGGUGUUUGUGAGAAGAAAAGCCAUUUAUGUUGUUGGAAAGUCAAAAUACAUGCCCACGCUUAAGGAGUACGUAAUUGUAAAUCUGAUUUUACUGUGUGUUAUAAAAUCAUAUCCUUGGCAUUUUGUAUACUUUUUGUUUUAUUCGUUCUUCGCAGAUCUUGACAAGUCAGUAUCCAACGGUCAAACGCAUACUUUAGGCAUCAUAUGUUUAACCCUAUGUUUCCUGUGUUGGAUGAUGUAAGUGAGUGCCUCUUUGUCUGC